AUGUACGCUAGAGGCGGUACUCGAGUCGUCCUUAUGGAUGCUCUUUUCAUCAGCUUUUUACUAUGUCUAUUCUCACAGACCUGGGCUAUGUCCAUGGUUUCAAACCAAGAUAGCACACUCAACUCAGAAGACACAGCGUUAUAUCAAAUGAAUUUGCUAGCUCGAUCUGCGCUCGACUUGACGCUCCACGGUCUCGAGAAUCGUUCUUUGAAUCAUGACCGUGGAAGUUGUACCUUGGAAACCCUCCGAGUCCGUCGAGACUGGAGAGCUCUCACAGAAAGGGAAAGGCGAGCUUAUAUUGAUUCGAUCUUGUGUUUACAACAACUACCUCCUCAGACACCUGAUGCGCUUGCGGCUGGGGCGAAGACACGGUAUGAUGACUUUUUGGCGACGCAUAUCAAUCAGACUUGGCAUAUUCACCGAACGGGCACUUUUCUAGCAUGGCAUCGGUAUUUCAUCUAUACAUUCGAAGAGGCUCUGCGGAAUGAAUGUGGUUACAGCGGUGAUCUCCCUUACUGGAACUGGGGCUCUGACAUAGACUCAAUGGAACAAUCCCCCCUCUUCGAUGGCAGCGACACAUCCAUUUCCGGCAACGGCGCCUUCAUCCCAAACCAACCAGACCUCCGCAUUCCCCUAGGCCACACCGACAUCCCACCCCUGAUCCUCCCAACCGGUACAGGAGGCGGUUGCGUAACCAGCGGGCCCUUGACCAACUACACAGUCAACAUGGGCCCGUCAUUCCUCUACAUGCCCGGAGGAAACGUAUCCCGAAUGAGUAACCCACUCGACUACAACCCACGCUGCCUAAAACGAGACCUAACUAACUCCAUCCUGCGCUCUAACAACAACCACAGCACAGUCCUCAAUCUCAUCCAAAACAGCCCCGACAUCUGGUCCUUCGAAACAAACACCCAAGGCGCACCCGGCAGCGGGCUGCUCGGCAUCCACGGCGGCGGCCAUUUAGCAAUGGGCGGUGAUCCGGGGCGUGACGCAGAUGCGAACCCCGGUGAUCCGGGGUUUUGGAAUCAUCAUUCGAUGAUUGAUCGGAUUUGGUGGAUGUGGCAGUAUGAGGAUUUGGAGGAGAGAGAGUUUGCGGUUUCGGGGACGGGGACUUUUUUGAAUGAGCCGGUUUCGGCUAAUACGACUCUUGAUACGCAUGUUAAUGUGGGUUUUGUUAAGAGGGGGUCCAUUGCUAUGAGGGAUCUUAUGAGUACGACUGCUGGGCCUUUUUGUUAUGUGUAUCUGUGA